GCAGGUAGAAGACAAAACCAAAGGUUCAAAGGAUGCACAGAUGGCAACACAAUCAAAAAGAAAGGGUCACAUCAAUGCAAAGUUUGCAAGAACUAUGGCCAUCGCUGGUAUAAUUGUAAGGACGGUGACCCUGAUGACAUAGCAGCAAUGAUGGCUGAAAAGGGUCCACCAAAGAAAAAGAAGAAAAAUGUUGCACCAUCUUGUGAGAGCAGCAUUGUACCUGUUGAUCCGACAAUUAAAACAAUGCAUUUUCCUCCUAGCAAGAGUGCCUUGGUUAGCUUAGGUUCUGGAAACUCAGUCAGGUCUGGAAGUGGCUCAAACCAACCUGAGCCACUUUCCAUUGAGUACCCGACGCUACUUGCAUGUGAAACCACACCACCUCGUGCCAUCUCCAAACCUACAAGAAAAAAGGCAGCUAAAGGGAAGGCAAAGGCAGCAGGGAAAAAGAAGAAGAAGGAAGUUUUCGUGCCAUAUGAUAGCCCGGCAAUGGGUACUCGAAGCAAGACCACCCCUCAGAAGGACAGCCCCGCCUCACAAACUAGAAGCAAAAGAAAGCUGCCACUUCCGGAUCUAAACUGCUAGUUGAUGCAAUUUAUUAUGUGGGGUCCUAUUUUGCUUGGUCUUUGUGAACCAGUUUCUUAUUCUUUUGCUAAGAUGUUGUCAGCUAUUGGUUGCUGCUAGUUCUUUGUAUGCACAGCUAUGGCUGAUUGGAAUAUGCCUAUGGACAGCACUGAUGCUUAUAUAUGUACUAAUAGUUGCUUUGACUAAUUGCUUA